AUGCCUCCAACGAUAUUACCGCCUGACAAGAAACCAGCACGUGCUUGUGGUCUUAGGCGCGCAAUCUUCUGGUCUUUGCUCGCUGCUACAUUCGCAGUAGUGAUAGGUCUUGCUAUUGGUCUGGGCGUAGGACUAGGGGUGAAGCAUAAUAACAAAGAUAAAAAGGCGUCGCUAACAGCGGCCAAAUCUUCCGACUACUACAUCGGCGGCGCGAUCGAUCCCGCAUACUACUCGAGGGAUGGCGCUUUCAAUGGCAGCGGCUUGGCAUUGGCUUCUCAGUCCUUUGGCUCAGGCGAGUACGGCGAGCUCGUUCUAUACUUCCAGCAUUAUUCUGGAUCCAUUCGAUGGCAAAGACUGACGCCGGACAAUGGUUGGCUCGGAGGAACCGCAUCGGAAGUCGUGGCAACGGAUGCCAAAAACAGCACACCUCUGAGCGCGGUAGCUUACAGUUUGAACGGGGUAUCGAAAUGGCAUCUCUUUUACAUCGACAACAGCAAUCGUCUUCGAGAAAAGAUAAACAGCAAUUCAACCAACAUUUGGAUAGAAGGCCCUUUGACUGGAGAGAACCACACGGUGAUGGACGCUGAUCAAGUAGGCAUGCAAGCUUGCUGGUAUGGGAACGACUAUGGCGAUGCCGACUACAAACACAGUCCUUUGCCAAAUCAAGGCAAUAGCACUGCAAACACCACGGGCUCUGGUACCGACGUCGGCAUGCAUCUGUGGUAUGCUUCUGACGCUUCCACAUUCCAACAGCUUGGGUGGCGGAAUGGCGACAGCAACUGGACCUACCAACAAGGAUGGCAAAACAAGAACGGACACGCAGGUCUAGGAUGCUACUCUUGGGGUCCAGGCACGACGACCUAUGUCAUGAUGGUCAACUCUCAGAACACAGUAGAGGUCUGGUGGAAGGACACCAAUACAAACACUUCGACCUCUACCGGCCAUCCCAUCAACCAAUGGACAAACAGCUCAGUCGCAAUCAACAACGUCCAUCCAUCCACGAGUUUAGGAUAUACGAACGCUUUCUACGCUCAAGGGAAAGAUGGCUGGAUCACUGGCUACAACAUAGACUGGGCAUCUGAGAACACCACCAUCAAUGGUAGCUUCCCAGUAAACAAACCUGGGAUAUUAGGGACUCAUCUGAGCGUCACUACCUUGCCUGACCAGAGUGGAGGAGACAGUCUGUGUGUCUUUUAUCAGACUAAUGGAAGCGAUGUUACAUUUGCAACUCGAGAUCUGGUUCAAGGUGCUUGGACGGCGGCAACAUUGGAAGUGCCAAACUCAUGA